UGGGACCGGCAGCCCAAAAGACACACGCGGACUUGACGCGUUUUCUACCCUUCUACCCGUUGAGCACCUCCUUCUGACACCUCUUACCCUCGAACGAUCGUACGGCCCUGAAAGAACGUGCCGUGGUACGAACUGCCUCUAUUUUUUUUUUUUUUCUUUCUUUUCUUUGGGGCACGCUCCAGUCCGCAGGCAAACGAACACAGAGAAGCCGUGCAUCGGCCGUGGUGCUCGUUUACCGGGCGUGUAGUGGGUGUGUGAUAGAAAUGUAAUAAUGCUGGUGACGUGACGUGACACGACGUAACGCGAUACAACUCGGCAUGACGUUUCUUUCGUUCUCUCGUCAUCGUUCUUUAGUAUCCCUGCUGCGUGCGGAUCGCAUGUGAGCCGACGAUAAACGUAAUGUUGUGACGCGUGACACCGCGCACCGGCCCCCGACACGACGUUUCGAUGCUCAGGGACGUUGCCUCUGUUCCUUCGUUUCCUCUUCUCGCGUACAUUCGAGCGUGGAUGAUAAAUGCCCGAGUGAAACGGGCGAGCAUUCAAAGGGGAGAAAGAUCGUGCCGGACUAAUCCACGAUUUCUCUGUGACUGUUGAAAGAGAACAACAAUGAAAAUUCGGCCGACGACGUGCGUUCGAGUUUAACGUGAAAGAAAUCUUACACGUCGAGGCGUGUUAUUUUGGCAACGAGACGUUGGUCAUUUUUCUAUCCUCGGCACGCCAUUGCGUGCAAGUGACAUUUCGUGAUCGAGAGGCUUGGAGCCUCGAGGAGUUUCGAGCGUACGACUCGCCACGUUUGCAGUAAACGUCGAGAUCGGUCUCUCGUUAACGGUCGUCGCGACGUAAUUAUUUACAAUGGACGUUUCGCCGGUGAAGAAAGAAGGCGCGGAGGCGAGGCGCGAUACUUUCGAGAAGAGGCGAUCGUUCUUCCAAUUUCUGCAAUCAUCAGUCCCACGCAUUGAUCGAUAACGAGUGCCUCGACGACGAAUUCGAAGGGACGUCGCUUCUUCUCGAGCGGGUGAACCGCGUUUUCCCAAAUAACUAUCCAUCGCGUCGCUUGUACGACGAUCUACAUAUAUAAAUAUUUUUAUGCAAAUCGAACGGAGGACUGCGCCAUCGAAAUGUGCAUCGUGAAACGAGGGAAAAUUUUCGAACUCUACCAUACCCAUUUCUGAUUGAAGAAAACUGUGCCGAACAGAAAGUGCGAAACGUUCCUCGUUACGUUUAAGAGACAUUGUCCGCGGUCUUAAUGGAAUUGUGCGGAACUCAAAGCCUUCAAGAGCGCUUCAAGAUUUCGGAGAAAUGGACAAUGUUCAAACACGGAAUCGGCGAAUGCGGAAAGAACGUGAAGCGUGUCAGGAUGCUGGAACGACAGGAUUCCACUUGCACCGGUUAAAAUGAAUCGUAGGGAGGACCCGCUGUUACGGCAGCAUCGCAACCGCUUGCUGCAAUUAGCCGAGGUGACAAACAUCAAGCCUGGCCGUGGCAGCGGGAAAAGACGUGGCCAGAGGCAGUCGCACGGUUUUGGACCCAGCAAUGGGGGGCCGAGCACUGGCGGCCGCGUCACUCUGCAGGAUAUCGUUCGAAGCGAUCCUGGAUACACGCCAAACAUCGAGCAUUUAGUUUUCCCGGAGCGCAAGAGCAGCAACCCAAAUUUGGCGAAGAGCGGCGAUGAAUCGCCGCAGAACAAAUCCAAGUCGAACGCAACUACCUCGGGCAGGUCCAGGCUCGCGGAAGUGUUCUCCAGGCAUUACUCGAGAGGCUCCUCGCAGGACUCCUCCAUCACAUCCAGGAAGAAUCAUUUGAACAGCACGUCGCUGGACAGCGGAGGGACGGUAUCCCAUCAGGCAACAGGAUCGAGCGGAGCGACGGUGGUGACGAGAAGCGCCGGACGUCGUUGGCUGUCGCAGAGCUCGCAAUCCUCCAGGCAACAUUCGACCGAGGACGGGGUACGUGGGGGCAACGUGGGCGUCAUAGGGCCCGUUUCGACCUCGUCCUCGAGUCAGGCCCCUGCUCCAGCCUUGCCGCCUCGUAGAGUCAGUCCAGCCGCGAAUUCUGCCGACAUCUCGAAUACAGCCACCGGUUCCCGUAGCGACAGGGGGCAAAACGUGUCGAUUCUGCAUUUACGCAGCACGUCGGAUCCUUGGGAGGUUGGCUCACAAGGUUCUUCGUACAGCGUCGGUAGCAAUAAAAGUCAAAGCGGCGGCAAAGGAAAAUCAAGUGGAAAUGCACGAGGCUCGUACACACGUGGCACCUCGAUACCGUCGUUGAAACGCCACGAUACAACGGCAUCGACGUCGUCGACGUCCAGCUUGAAGCAGCAUCGACAGGACAGCCACGGACAGGUGACGAGCACUCGUCGACGAGAAUCCUCGAAUUCGUUCCUGUCGGGUAACAGCGGCACAUCCGGCGAGCUUUUCAUCAGCGGCGACUGUAGCAGAGAAUUGUCGCCGGUCCGAUGGUGCGACAGGGAGGUGGACGGUGUCUACCUGGGUCGAUCGGGUUGGGUUCAGGUACAACAAAGAUCCCUGGACGAGAACCGACGGAUAAACUACGAGAGUAGCUUGGUAACGGCGACCACCGGCACUCUGCCAUUGCCGAGACGGGCCAUAGUGAAAUUGGCUGACUAUCACUGCAACAGCGAACCAGGGAAAUGUCCCGAAGAGUUUCUACGAUUGGACAACCAGAGACCGGACUAUCUGGCUCUGCACGGUCAGGACUUCGAGUCCGUAGCGAGCAGCACUUGCACGUCUCCGCACAGUAUCCCCGAGUCUUACUCUCCGCCGUCGAUCACGCCGAUAAUCUCGCCUCCGCCUGCUUUCCAAGACGUGGUCGGCAAGAAGACCUCCUCGAAACAUUCGUCCGGGCGUAACAAUUACGGAAAGCCGCCGUUCUUGCCACGGUCCAACGCCAUAGUGGACAGUGACAUUAUCAGUCCUCCGCCUUCGCCUCCGCACCAAAUAAACUGGAGUUCCUUGCCAGCUUCUUCUCGGAAGUCGUCGAGCACGCCGUCCAGACCUCGAAGGCAGACUAGCAGUCAGCAGCAACAGCAGCAACAGCAGCAGCAGCAGCAGCAACAACAACAGCAGCAGCAGCAGCAGCAGCAACAGCAACAACAACAGCAGUAUCGAAUAGCGCAAGCCAAGUCAUUGGAAGAUCAGUCGUCUUCGAGAAGAUCGCAGUUCGUCCAACGUUACCUAGAGUCGUCGAGCUCGUCCUCGUCGUCGGUGGGUUUCAGAAGUCUGGACAGUUGCGUGACGAGGGCGACGAUGCCGAGGCUAGCCGAGAACACGGAUUCUUCGAUAGAGGGAUACGACGAUGGUGACGACGAGGACGACAAUCCUAGCUCCUCUUUGAAUCUAAGCCUGGUCUCUUCCUCGAUAAUAGCGCUGAAUUCGUCCACGGAGUCUAUACGCGCCAACGGAGAAAGAAUUUCGCCAAACAGACAGAGCCGUCAUCACAGAAGUCAACAGGGAUUAAGAAGAUCGCCCGGGUCCUCGGAGUCCGGCAAGUUGUCGUUCAAUUCGCCCUCUUCCUCUUCCUCGUCGUCGAGCAGCGCGGACAGACAAGGCAGAUCUCCGAUACCGAAUGCUUUCAGGCGUAGCAACGCCUCUAGACAACAUCAGAGCGCCAGGACGACGCAAGCGUCCCCAGAUUCCCAUCAGUCACGAGUACGAAGAUCCAGGAGCCUUCAAUUACCCGAGAAGAGGUCUCCCAGCGCCGCUGCACCGAGCAGGGAACACUCCAGGGAAUCUAACGAGCCGCACAGAAUCGUCGUAAAAAUUUCCAGCGAUCGAGGCAACGAGAGGAAACGUCACGUUCUCCAAAAUAGAAAAGCGCAGUCAACCGAGAACGCGUUAAACGAGGAGCUUCUGCGUGAGACCGAGGCGGUAACCGAGUUCCUUUACGGCACGAGGAGCCGCGCAGUGGCUAGAAGUCUUCUCUCGUGUCGCUUCGAGCGUCGCGAUGACAGCCAAGAGCAAAGACAAAGGAACAAUCCCAACACCUACGACGUUUACUUCAUCUCGUCUAAGCAGCAACAAUCCGCGAAAACAACAGGCACGUCUAUGCAGCAACAGCCGCAGCAGCAGCCGCAACAGUCGCAGCAGCAGCAACAACAGCAGCAGCAACAGCAGCAACAACAACAGCAACAGCAACAACAGUCCAGACGACCAAAGACGCUUCAAAGAGGCGCAACGACCCCGAACGCGAAUCCCUCGUCGUCGAAUCACGACUUUUGCGUCAGUCCCGACACGAAGCUACGCUGCAACAGCAGUACGUGCGACUUUUGGCCGCACUGCUCGCAAAGAGACACUUUGUACUCGCCUAACCAGGCGCCAGUGUUUAUGAAGCUAUCUCAGAGCUAUCCGGCUCAUCAGAGGCUCCCCACGGACGUGAGCGGCCAUGCGAGCAGAGGAAGCGCCAGCUCGUCUCCAGCGUCGUUGGAACGGAUGGACGACCGGGAGUUCCGUGAUCGCGAGGCCUCCCGAAAGAGUCGAGCCAGCCGCGAUCAGAGCAACAGCAACGCGUCCAAGUAUCAGGAAAGACAGCCGAAAAGCGUGUUGAAGCAGACGAAUCGAUGGUCGCCGCUUGAGGGGUCGAACGGGAACGGUUCGAGCGUAGAGAAGAGGGAGUAUCACCGAUACUAUCAGAAAGCUGAAUUCACCGGUAGCUUCGAGGGUUGUGAAAAUAAAGAUAGGAAAGUGUCGCCGGUCCAAGGGAAGGGUAUCGUGAACAGAUCGCCGAGCGGUCAAGUCGCGUCCUCGUCGACUACGUCGUCGUCCUCUAGCAGUGACAUUUGGGUCACCACGUCCGACCGGACGGUGACGAAAAGUCCGAGGAACGCAAAAAGCUCCGGUGCGUCCACUCCUAUGGAGGAUGCGGUGAUUGGUUCGCUGAAGACGCUGAUGGAACCGCCGAAAGAUGGAAUGCUGUCCAGGCCUGGAAGCGCCCCGACGAGAGGGGAGGAUUCUCUCACGGGGAACGUCUCCUUGGAUCCUCACCAACGGUCUCUCUCCUUGCCAAAGUCCUUUCUCACGCACAACGGCAAUAACAAAGGAGGAUCCUGGCAACGUGGACAGAAUUCCCAGAGGUCGAGCCCCAGUCCCAGUCGGCUUCACCACACGCAGGAAGCAGCCGCGCCUCACACAGCUCCUGUUUCCCCGCUGCACGAUCAACGCUCAAACGCGUACUCCGGGAAAGAGAGGAGACGAAUUCCUGGGCUGAGCAAGGCGCAGAGGCGUAUCAAAGCUUCGAGCACGCCGGCGCUUCUCGACCGUGAUGUGGAAAGUCGACAGUGGUCGGGAGACGAAGAGGACGAGGGCACAACAGGUCACGUAACAACGGAGCAUCCUCUGGCGGAGGCGACAAUUCCCUUGGUCUCCCACUCGCGUCUUCAAGAGCAGCCCUCUAACUUGAGUGCCAAUCUCGUGACCGCUUCCGGGACCCAGAAUCCUCCCCGUUCGAGCGUACAGAGCCAGCAAGAGAGCGUUUUGCAGAAAUUCAGAAAGAGCUUCUCCUUGAGGUUCCACAAAAAGGGCAGCAAAGAGAGCAAUGAGAGCGAGUGUCCGGCCGAAGAUAACGAUGGAUCCGGCCCCCUGGACGAGGAGGAGGAAAGGGAACCGCCGUCUGUCACGGAGCAGACACCUCAGCACAAAGAAGACACAAAUAACGACCAGAAAUUCCGGUUUGGUCCUCUUGUAUGGAGAAGCAGCAAGGAGAGGAAAAAGGGCAGCAAAGCUGCCAGAAACGCGAAAUGCAACAGCGGAGAUAGUGGAAUACAAAUCGAGAUGGUAUCUGGUGGAGCAUUGACUGGGGGUGGUGGUGGUGGAAUGAUGGGGGGUGGUGAUAGCUCCGAGUCCCACGACACGGACGUCCAAGACGAGACGGACAGCCCGCCAGCCCUUCGUAGGCGAGUCGCCGACAAAUCACGACCCCAGUCCGAGCUCAUCAACCAGAUACUGAUCGACAAGUUUAAGGCGGAUCUUCAGAGUCGAACGUCGAGGCAUCAGCAUGUACGUCGAACGAACAGCGAUUUAGGAGGUCAGAGGUUACUGCAGUGGGAUACGAGGUCUGGUUACAGCCACGCGCACAAUUAUCGCAGGAUGCUCUCGACACCGUCGCCGAUCAAGACGAGGCCUCCUAGGCUCAGUCCGAGGCACUCCUCCCAUGACAUCGUUACACUGAGAAGUAACGCGAAAGGGAGGAGUUCUCGGACAAAUUUGAGGCGUUCACUUAGUCAACCACUGGGUAUCAAUCAGCUAUCACCCUUGAUGCGCACCAAAACUGCAGGCGCGAGGUUGCCCGGUGGAAACGUUCUGUCUGAGGACGAACAGGAUGGAAGGGGUGGAACGUCUGACGAUGAGAUGAUGUCUGAUUCGGAAUCCUCCAUCGCCUCCUUGACGGAUAGAAAGAAGUCCUUCGAGCAGACGAUGGACGAAGAGGUGGUAAUCCUGGCUGAAGCUGUUUGGGACCACGUGGCAAUGGAACCAGAGGAGCUAGCUUUUCGUGCUGGCGAUGUGAUCGAAGUUUUGGACAACCUGGACAAAGACUGGUGGUGGGGUAGUUGCAGAGGAGAGCAUGGCUGGUUCCCGGCUGCAUUUGUUAGGUUACGCGUAAGCCAAGAAGAUACUGUCGAGGAUUGUUUAGCGGCAAUGGCCUCUGGUGGUACGUCAAAUUCGCAACUGAGAAGACGUACCAGUGUUUCGCUAUUAUCGAACGAGCAAGUCAGAACGAGCGUAGUUCGCGAACUGGUUCAAACCGAACGAGAUUUCGUUAAGAUACUGAGGGAUGUUGCGGAAGGUUACAUAGCUGAAUGUCGUCGGCGCACGGAUAUGUUCACCGAGGAGCAGAUAGAAACGAUUUUCAUCAACCUCGAGGAACUAUUGGACUUCCAAUCGGAAUUCUUGAAGGAGCUGGAAACUCGGAUCGACUGGAGUGCCCCGUACAAGAGUUGCGUGGGCGAGUGUUUCCUAAAUCAUAGAGCGGGAUUUCGUAUGUAUUCGGAGUACUGCAACAGUCAUCCGAUGGCUACCGCCACGUUGCAGGAAUUGUACCAACAUAAUCGUUACAGCAAAUUUUUCGAAGCCUGUAGAUUAAUGAGAGGACUGAUAGAAAUUCCUUUAGACGGCUAUUUGUUGACGCCUGUGCAACGGAUAUGCAAGUAUCCGCUCCAGUUGGCGGAGUUAUUGAAAUAUACGAAGACCGAUCAUCCGGAUUAUCAUAAAAUUCAGGAAGCUCUUGAAGCGAUGCGGGAUGUUGCUGUUUUGAUUAACGAAAGAAAGAGGCGGAUGGAGAGCCUGGAGAAGCUGGCUGCGUGGCAACUAAGAGUUGAAGGGUGGGAGGGUGAAGAUCUCAUAGAGGUUUCGUCGCAAUUAAUUUAUCAAGGUGAAGCUGUAAGAGUUACCACUGGCAUGUGGACAAACAAUAUUACCCUUUUCCUGUUCGAUCACCAAUUAGUGUAUUGUAAAAAGGAUAUUUUAAAGCGAAAUACUUACGUGUACAAGGGGCGAAUUUAUCUCGACACAAGCGAAGUGAUCGAUGUUCCCGAUGGAAAAGAUCACCAACUAGGUGUAACAGUAAGGCACUGUUUGAAAGUAUACAGCUGUGUUCGAGAUAAAUGGUUGUUGUUCUGCUGUCGCACAGCGGAAGAAAAGCGUCGAUGGUUGGCAGCCAUGGCGGAGGAACGAAGACUGGUUGCUCAGGAUAGAAACGAUGGAUUAGAAUUCCCUUCUGCGGCCAGGCAAUUGGCUAGGCUCGCAGCCACGAGACAGCAGAACAGACCGCCAAUUAAACCUCGCAACAAAACGUACAAAAGAGAGUCGGCUUACGAAAUGCCUACAAUGAUCGGGCAAGCUACGACAAAUUCGUUAGGACGUAAAGUUGGCACUUGGUUCACGUUCGGUAGCAGCAAGAAAAAUACACGACUUCAGCCGUCCUGAGACAGGCCUACCUUCGUGCCAUACAUUGACUUGUAAAAGUCUGCAGACAAGCGCUUAAUCGUUGCUUCGCGACCGUAAUUUACGCGAUUCAAAGAAACAUUUUCCAAAGAGUUCCAAUCAAAACUUCCGAUCUAUCCGAUUUUCUUCGAUGUUUCGACAUUUAAGAACAUUCGAAUGAUCAAAUGGGGAUUGUUUUAAUGUUGCACGGAAGCAAACGACAACAAGCGCCUAUCAUAUGUAUGGAACGAAGGUAUUUUAUUUAUCUAAUCGUUAAGUUUUAUCUUUGAAUUGUUAUCGAUCCAAUAAUAUUGAUACGUCCUGUUAACAGGGUAGCGAAACGCUACGCUACUUUUCGUCUGUCCGUGCGUAGUUAAUUCUUGUUUUAAUUUAAAUCACACGCAGUUCGAUAAAAACAAAAAAAAGUGUAACUUUGCAUCGUUGGCGAUAUUUAUUUCACUGCCUCGAGGAAGAUUCUUCUAGAUUCUGUGCUCUGCCGUCUUACAAUCACACAGAUCACUGCAAUCACGGAGUGACAAGGUAUUACUAAUUAGUUGGUUUUAGAAAAUUGUUGUUUGUUCAAAGUAUAACCGCAAGAAAUAUUACUAAUAAAACGUAAUUAUAAAUUCAUAUAAAGAAAAGUACGUGUACAAGCCACGUUUAGAUGAAACGAUUGAUAUUACAAAAUGGAAAAGAAUACCGUGCGAGAAGUUCGAACGUUCAGAGAGAAAACGAUAAGAGGUGGGUCGAUAUUGAAAAUAUAAUUGAAGAAAAAAACUUGCAUAAACUAGAAAAACGAAUGCACUUACUACUAGACAUAUAUAAACAUUAUGUGUAAAGCCGAUAGCAAGCUUUGCGGUAUUAAAGAGAAAGUACUAGUCACUCUUAUCACGGAAUCACAUAAAAGACUAGUGAUAAACUAUAGCGUUAUUGGAAUGUAACUACUUGUAUGUUGUGGGCAAUGGCUGGAUUAGCAAUGGCCACUGAUUUUUUUUAUGGUAAUAAAGACUGACUGAGAAAUGUUUGUUUCUCAGGGAUCCAUGAAGCAAAUGGAUACGAAGGGUAGCACUGAGAGAAAAGUACGGGCAAAGCGUAACAGAAUUUCGCUUAACUAGAUAGAUAUAUUUAUAAUUUCAAAAUGAAGAAUCUUUAAACUACAUUACUGGUUUGAUGAUCAUUUAGAUAGUCUCUUUUAAUAUGCACAAUGAAAUGAAAAAAAACGACGUUCAAUUCACACAAAUAUCAUACCUUGAAAUUUUCUCUCAGUGAAGCAAAACGUAUCACACGUACCACAUAUUCAUAAAAAAACGUAUCACAUAUUCAUAAAAAGGAAAAGAAUCAAAUUGUUUCACGAUACGCCCCUUUACUGCCUACAAUUGUCGUCAUUUCAUCUGGAGCAGUAAAUCAUAGUAUUCAUUGUAAUUUGUAUGAAGAUUUAAAUUUUUGGUAUAUAGACGGAGAAUUAUGUUUCUACGUCGAAUAUGGAGCGACAGUAUUAAUGAUAUAGGUACAUACAUACCAUUAAAUGUGUAAAUACUCGCAUAUCGCGCUUUUUUCUACUGCUACUGCAGCAGUUUCUAGACAA